AUGGUGGUGGAGUAUCCGACUUUUAGGGCCCUUAUUGAAGUAACAGGGGCUUCUUUGCCCAUUAAGACUGCUGAUACUCUUUUUAACCGAAUCAAAGAGGAAUUCUAUUUAAGUAGGGCUUACGUGAAAGAGGAGCUUGCUAGGAGUAGCCGCAUACUCGCUUUGUCUCUUGACGUUUGGACGUCGGAAAAUCAGAUUGCGAUAAUGGUUAUCCUUGGCUAUUGGAUCACCCCCGAUUUUGAAAAGCGAGAUGAACUUCUCGAGUUCACCGAGAUCAAUGGGCUGUAUUCUGGAGAGAAUCUAGCGGAAGUUGUAUUGAAGAUGCUCGCCGAACUGGACAUCGCGCCAAAGCUCCUGACCAUUAUAGGAGAUAAUGCGGGCAAUAACGGGACGCUCUGUGAUAGCCUGCAUGACUAG